AUGCGCGCCACAGCCCUCCUUUGUCUGCUCAAUACAGCAACCGUCGCCCUAGGCGAGCAAUAUACCGCCAGAAAGCUAUACCAACUAGCCCCCGGAACAUGGAUCGAGAACUUCGCCCAGCGGGGCUCCUCCUGGUACACCCGUAUAACUCGUCUCGACAGCCCAGAAGUGCUCGAGGUAGACCCGACUCACCAGCACGGGGGCCCUCGCACAAUCUAUACAUUCCCCAAUGCAACAAACGCCACCGGAAUCGCAGAGCUCUCAACGGAUAACUAUGCCGUUCUGACACUCAAUGGACCUCCCGAUAACGCAGCCGUUUCUAUAUGGACUCUUGAUGCUGCCGGCGAGCCAUCUGCAACGCCUGUUAUCGAGACCAUUGAAGGCGCCCAGAUAUUAAAUGGACUUGCGGCAUUCUCGCCUACCGUCGUCUUCGCGUCCGAUAGUCCAGCCGGUGCUAUUUACCGGAUUGAUCUGGAGGCUGGCACAGCAGAUAAGGUUAUUUCUGGGGAUGGGAUUUCUCCUGGCGUUAAUGGGCUCAGAUACAAGGCGCCGUAUCUGUACUAUACGAAUAGUCUGAAUGGCGUCUUUGGAAGGAUCAAGAUUGACCCAACCAGUGGUGAUCUCGUCGGUGGUACUGAUGUGGUAGUCAGAGGUGAUAUCCUGGUAGGCGCAGAUGACUUUGCGCUUGCAGACUGGACAGACGCAGCCUUCGUGGCGAACUUCCAACAGAACACGUUGGUUCGUGUGGCUAUUGGAAACGGGACAGCAGAGGUUGUUGUUCAGGAUAUCCCUGCGCCGACGACGGCGACGUUUGGAUCGGGCGGGUUGUAUGUUGGGACUAGUGGCACUGGUAGCGAUGGAGGAGCGAGCUUUUGGUCUGUUGUCGUUCCUGACCAGCGGUCUGUUUGA